GGGGAGAAGCUCCGCCACCAAACAGUGAUAGAAAGGUUUCUCUCCGAAGCCAUCUGCUCUCAGGGCUGCAGGGGAGGGAGGGGCGGCAAAGAGACCGAGAGAGAACCUGGCCUGGAGAACCCAUCCCUCCCCCGAUCCGUCCUCUCGCCCCAGCCCGGGCCUGAACGCGGGUGUCGGGGUCCCUACCUUCCUCGCUGAUCUUCACCUGGUCCGAGAGUUUCUCGUACUCGGCCAGUUCCUGCGGCGGUGACAAGACGGACGCCGGAUCAGGGCUGGGGGGGGGCCCCUCCCGCGGCUACCCCGCCUCCCCACCACGCACCCCUGCCCCGGGGUUGUUUCCCACCCCCUCCCGUUCCCGGGCCGCAGCCGUCACCCGAAUCAGUCUCAGGAUGUGUCCGCAGUCUCCCUCCUUGGCCUCUCGGAUCCGCACGGAAGCCAUCUGGACCCCCGCCAUCGUCUGGGUCUGAAGUCCGCGACUCUCCCUUACAGUCCUUCAGGCAGGGGCAACCUUUAACCCAACACCAACUACAGAAAGGCUUCCUGCCCCCACACAUUAUCCCCAGAGUUCUCUGAGCCACAGAAAGGACUGCAACUGACCAUGGACUGCAGAGGCCCGCUGGCCACAUUGCCUGGGUGGCUGUUGAUACUGCUGCUGCUGCUUCCACCUCCCGGCCACCAGGGACUGGCCCUGAGACAGGGUCUCUCCACUCAGAGGAUACAGGACCUCCCUUCUGUGCACCUCAGCAACGGCUCAGGAGGAGAGCCUGUCACUGUCAUGACCUUCAACUUUACCAAGAUCAAGAAAAGCUCUUCCUCCUUUGAGCUUCGAACCUGGGAUCCAGAGGGAGUGAUUUUUUAUGGCGAUACCAACUCAAAGGAUGACUGGUUUGUGCUAGGACUUCGAGAUGGCAGGCCUGAGAUCCAACUGCACAAUCACUUGGCCCAGCUUACAGUGGGUGCUGGGCCUCGGCUAGAUGAUGGCACGUGGCAUCAGGUGGAAGUGAAGAUCCUUGAGGAUUCACUGCUAUUGACUGUGGAUGGGGAGGAGGUGCUGCGCCUGAGACAGGUCUCUGGGCCUCCAGCCACCAACAAACCCCAGCCCAUCAUCAGAAUUGCACUGGGGGGACUGCUGUUUCCCAUCUCCAACCUCCGUUUGCCGCUGGUCCCUGCCCUGGAUGGCUGCGUGCGCCAGGGUAAUUGGCUGGACCCACAGGCCCAGACCUCAGAGUCUACCCCUGCUAGUAGCCUCAGAAGCUGUGCUGUCCAGUCCCAACCUGGGACGUUCUUCCCUCCAGGAACUCGUGCAGAAUUCAGUCUCCAAGACAUUCCCCAGCCUCACGCAGAGCCCUGGGCCUUCUCUCUGGACUUGGGACUCCAGCUGGCAGCAGGUUCCGGCCACCUCCUUGCCCUGGGGACCCCAGAAAACCCUUCCUGGCUCAGCCUCUACCUCCAAGACCAAAAGAUGGUGCUAUCCUCUGGGUCGGGGCUGGAGCUGGAUCUGCCCUUGGUCUUGGGACUCCCUCUUCAGCUGAAGCUGGCUGUGUCCAGGGUGAUCUUGACCCAGGGUUAUAAGAAGGAGAUCCUUGCUCUGCCUGCCUUGCACCUUGGCUUCCUCCUCAACCUGUGGGCCCAGCCCCAGGGGUUCCUAUUCCUGGGAGCUCUGCCAGGAGAGGCUUCUUCUGCCUCCUUUUGCUUGGAUGGCCUUUGGGCACAAGGCCAGAAGCUGGACAUGGACCGGGCCCUUAGACGAAGUCAGGACAUCUGGACUCACAGCUGUCCCCAGAUCCCAAGCAAUGGCACUGACACCACCCAUUAAAUCCCCACCUAUGAAUCUC